CAAUGAUUUUCAUCUACAUCAGCAUCACAAUUCUGGCAACAACAGCCCUGGCAAAAGGGUCAGUUGAAUGCAUUUUCUCAGAAUCUCCUGGAACCCAUUAUUGUUUUGGAGCCGUAGGUCAGUCGCUAAUUUUUCAUCUGUCACAUAAAAUUGAUACUUUAAUGAGAGUUAUGAAGGAUAACAAAAACUGGGUUGUAAAAACUCACAAUAAUAGGACUAUGAUUUUAAAUCAUGAAUAUGUAAAUCAACCAAGUGGCGUAAAUAAUGGAACACUGAAACUGGGUAAAGCCAUGAAGAAACACUCUGGAUAUUACCAGUUGGAAGAACAUGACUCUAGAGGAAAGUUACUGAAAAAAGCGAAUGUAUCUCUAAAAAUAUAUGCUCCAGUGUCAAAGCCAACACUGUCUCAGACGUGUUUGUCACCAGAACAGAUGAAGAUCAGCUGCUUCUCUGAGGGAGAUGGAGUACAAUUAAUUUUGAGUUUGGAUGGUCAGAUACUUAUACAAAGCAAUGACCACAACCAGUCCCUAACCAUUUGGACAGCCGAGUUUCCAAAUGUUACCAUCAUCUUAGAUGGAAAGCUGACUGGAAACCUUAUGUGCCAAGUUUGGAAUAAUGUCAGCAGAGAUGAAACCGUUAUUCCCCUGGCAGCCUGCAGUGGUUCUGUUACAACCUUGACAGUACCUUUGGUAACCAAUGUCAUCAUGCUGUUUGUGGUUCUGAUUCUGGUUAUAGAACAUUUUUGUAAGAAAGCAAGACCGACAACUGUUAAUGAAGGUAACUUUGGCACUCAUGUUAUCUACACAGAUGUUAGAGUGAUUGCAAAUAACAAAUGA